UGUGUAUAUAUGUCCGACGUCAGAGCUCUUGACGUCAGUCCUGGCGCCACGGCGGCCAGGGCGAUCAACAGGUCAUUUUGGAACUCGGCCGUCGUCAAGAGGCAGGUCGCCGCCUUUGACCGUGAAUGUGAGUGCACUCGCGCUCUUCACGCCGACUACGCCCAGCGGCUGGACCGCGUGCUCAUUCUCGACGGCACGGGCUUCCGAUGGGAGGGCCUCGGCAACUCGGGCACUCGCUGGAUGGGCCUACUGCGCUUUGGCUUCGCCACAGGCCGCGCAACCUACCUGCAGCUGUCUCGCGAAGACGACGCGACGCCACGGCUCGACAUCGGCGACUACUUUGUCGGCCACGGAGGCGUCGACUGGUCGUGGCGCUCGCAGGCUCGCGCUGUGCGCGCCCGCAUGGCUGGUCGUGGCGUGCGCAGGCCGCUGGUGGUCGAGUACGGCUGCGCGCGCCGUUCGCCGCCCGGCUGCGCCCUCGCACGCCUCCGCCUCAGCAACGGAAGCCAGCUGCUGCUCGCGGAACCUACCGGCGUGUUGGAGUGGCUGCGGAGCGAGAGCACCCCCCGGUGGGUGCGGAUCGUGCUGCAGCAGCAGGACUCGCUCGAGUUCUCCUACUCCAAGCCAGAGGCGCUUCGCCCCACCGGCGCCCUCCCGCUCGUGGCUUGCCCGGCACAGCACGCGCCUCGCUUUCGGGUGCAGCUGAGAUGCCGCGAGCAAGCCACGUGCCAUUCAUUCCAGCACCCGUAGUACUUUGAC